AUGGAGCUGUUGGCGAAGGUGGGGGUCCUGGUGCUGAUCGUCGCGCUGGUCGGCCUGGGGAAGGCGGAUGAGCCACCGAAGGUGGAGGUGUACUCCCGCAAACAUGUCUCGCCCGGAGAAGAGAACACCCUCAACUGCUUCGUGAGCGGCUUCCACCCUCCGAAGAUCGAUGUCUCCCUCCUCAAGAACGGGGAGCCCAUGAGCGGUGUGAAGUACACAGACAUGUCCUUCAACGACAAGUGGUAUUUCGAGCGCCUGGUGUAUGUGCCGUUCACCCCCAAGAAGGGCGAUGUCUACGUUUGCAGGGUGGACCAUUCCGCCUUCAGGGAGCCGCAGUCAUUCCGAUGGGAGGAAGACUUCUAA